AGAAACUUCUCUGGAGGGGAAAGUAUUGGAAUCGGUUUCAAAGGGGGAAAGGUCCAGGUUUUGUACAAAGAAUUGCAUUGCACGGCGAGAGGACAUCAGUUCUGUCAAUUAAGAUAAACAUUGCAACCAAGUGUAGUCUUUUCAUGAUAUUUGACUUGUUCUGUGAAUACUUUUUAUUUGUAAAUUCAAAGUCUUUUUUUCAGUUUAUUUAAACUGGAGUGCUGAAAACACUAUACAUUUGGAUGCGGACAAUUUUUUUGCUUUAUAAAUCGGAUAAUUUAACCCACGGGCAUUGUCGGUCAAUUUGUUCCACAUUUGAGGUUUAACAAUCGCGAGACGAAUAUGUUUCUCAGUUUUUGUCUACUGGUGACAUUUGUCCUGGGGCUAUCUGGGUGCUUGGGCUCAUAUGUGCCCUGCGAGCCGUGCGACCAGAAGGCGCUCUCUAUGUGCCCCCCAGUCCCCGUCGGUUGUCAACUCGUGAAGGAGCCGGGCUGCGGUUGCUGCCUAACCUGCGCCUUAUCGGAAGGUCAGGCGUGUGGCGUUUACACCGGAACAUGCACCCAUGGCUUGCGCUGCUUGCCGCGAAAUGGAGAAGAGAAGCCACUUCACGCGCUUCUCCAUGGCAGAGGAGUGUGCACAAACGAGAAAGGAUACAAACCCCUCCAUCCACCCAUAGAUCAUGAGUCUCGGGAACACGAGGACACCCUGACAACCGAAAUAAUGGAGGACCAACUGCACCCUGCUAAAGUGCCGCUCCUCCCCAAGCAGGACGUCAUCAACAGCAAGAAGAUCCAGGCCAUGCGCAAGGACAAGGACCGCAAGCGGGCGCAGGCCAAACUGCGCUCCAUUGGGCCCAUGGACUACUCCCCACUCCCCAUUGACAAGCAUGAGCCAGAGUUUGGUCCUUGCAGGAGGAAGCUGGAUGGGAUCAUCCAGGGAAUGAAGGACACAUCCCGUGUCAUGGCCCUGUCCUUGUACCUCCCCAACUGUGACAGAAAGGGCUUCUUCAAACGCAAACAGUGCAAACCCUCUCGCGGCAGGAAGCGGGGCAUCUGCUGGUGCGUGGACAAGUACGGCGUGCAGCUGCCCGGUACAGACUACAGCGGGGGAGACAUCCAAUGCAAGGACCUAGAGAGCAGCAGCAACAACGAGUGAAUAGGCUGCUCCAACCCCAUCCCGAUCACCUGACCCAGGGCCCCGCCUCCUCCUUUCCCUCCUGCCUGUCUGCUCCGCCCUCCAGUCACUUUUUGAGAUUUUCAAAACAAAAAAAAUAUAUAAACAUCAAAUGAACGAAAGGACAGGCUUGAAAAAAGGACACCUGAAAUCUCUUUUUUUUGUGUGACUGUGUGCUCAUCUCUUAGUAGACGGAACCCAGGAGGUUUUAAGCCCUUGUUUGACCCUCGGGCCCCUCCCCCACUAAGAGCUGGGAACCACACUAAUGAUUCAUGAAAAUAUAUACUUGUGUUGAUAUAUUUUUAUAGAAGCUGGGGUGUAAGCACCAAACUUUGUAUCAUGUAAAGCUAACAUAAAAGCGAUGAAAAAACGAAAAUAAGGCAUGCUGAUUAUAAACGGGACUGUUUUGAUCUUUCACAUCUAUUGCUAUUGAGGUGUCAGAGGAGAUAGCUGGACCUUCUAUUGGCAGAGGUAUUUGUUUUUUUGUUUGGUUGCUUUCCAAAAAAGAAAAUAGGGAGCAUGUGAUAGGGUCUUUCUGAGACAGUUGACUCUAUUUGGGUAUUUGGUUCUGUCACAGCACUUAUGAAUAGGGGAACCUGCUUGGAUAUGUGUAACUUCACUAAGUUUGUGUGGGCGUGCAUGUAUGUGUGUUUGAGUGUGUGUGUGUGUGAGAGAGAGAGAGAGAGGGAGUGAGCCUUUAACACAAGAAUGUCAUUUUUCUUUCUCUUUUCGUCUUGUCACAACAACAUAACAAGCAUUAUUGCUGGUGCUUGAAGUAGUCUUGAGGAUGGAUUUCUCCCACUAUUCUAUGAAACCUAUGUAUCUGGGAAAAUGGAGAGUGUUUGACAUAAUAAGCAGCUCAUUACAGACGAACCUAUGUAAGUGACUCUUUGACUCUGUAGCUAGCCUGAUAUGCCAACUGUGCCUAUUGUUAACAGACACUGCCAUGCAGGGUAACACAGAACUUAAUGGAGAACACUGCCCCUACUGGUGAAGGGAAUACUGCCUCAAAGUGCCCAUUCUCUCAUCUGAUCAGACCUGUGCUCAGCAAGACUCCAUUGGUCCCAACUACCUGGACUUAAAGAAUAUUGAAUGUGGCUGAACAAUCAUGCAGUCCCCCCCAAUAACUAACAGCAGUAAUGCAUUUUAUUGCUAAAGUCUGGACAAAAAUUGGGAGAACAAGGGGAAAAAAGCAUGCUGUAGACUUGCAUUCACCAGUGAGGCUAGAUGUUUACUCUUUGUGUCUCAGUUGCUCGAGGGUGUAGUCUUGUAUGGUUUUGUUUGUGCUGUUUUCUUUGCCUUCAGUGAAGUAACAACCGCCCACUUUUGAGCCAUGUUCCUUAACCAAGUGGUCCCCUAACAAUGCUACGGUGUAACCUUGGUGUAUUACUUUUACCUACAGAUUAA